AUGGAAGAAAAAGAACAAUUUAUACGAAAAGUUAUUGAAAUAAUCAAUAAGAAAGAUGGAAGAAAUUGUAUUGAUUAUGAUCCUAAAGAAAAAGCAAUCAGAGUAAUUGACCCACAAAAACUUAAAGAAUGUUUUAAAUGGGAUAUUAAAUGUCAAAAUAUAAAAACAUUUUGGAAAAGAAUGAAAAGAUAUGGAUUUAAGAAGAGAAGAAUAAGAGGGAUUGAUUAUUUUAUUAAUGAAGAAUUUGAUCCAAAUGAUUCAAAAUAUAUAGAUAAUAAUAGAGAAAUAAAAUAUUUAAAAGAAAAUAAUAAAGAACAAACAAAAGAAGAUGAAACAAUAAGAAAAGAUAAUGAAUAUCAAAAUAAACAAAUAUUUGAUGAAAGAAAAAAGAAUAUUUCAUCAAAUAUAAUAAUCAAACCAACAACAGAAUCUAAUAAAAAUGAACAACAAUUUAAACAAGAAAUUUAUAAUGAAAUAGUUAAUAAAAUAAAACAAAUAUAUUCAAAAGAACAAAAUGAAAUUAAAAAAAAGAAAGGAAAUGAAAUAAUAAUAUAUGAAAAAGAAUAUUUAAAUCUAUUAAUUAAUCAAAUAAAUGAAAGAAUGAAUAUAAUUGAUAAAAAAAUUCUUUAUAUAAUGAAUUGUAUGGCAACAUCUGAAAUAGAAAUGUUAAAUAUUUGUCAUCUUGUUGAUGAAAUAACACAAAAUCAUAAAUUUAGAUAA